AUGUGCGCUCUGCAGAGGGACCCCGCCACGAGGGCAGAGACGAAGCCAUACCUCGCCCGCCAGAUUCCUCUGAUCCGGCUGAGCCGCUACCAGGCGAAAUUUGUAUGCGAGGGCAUCGGCACAUUCAUUUUCUUGAUGACAACGUCGCUGGCGGAGAUGAACUGCGGCAACCUAGCGGUGGAUGGGAAGACCCGCACACGCAACCUCGCCCCGAUUGCGGAGGGGUUCAUGCUGUGCGUGCUUAUCUUCAUGUUCGGCUACAUCUCUGGUGGCCAUUUUAAUCCGGCUGUCACCUUCGCAGUUGUCCUGAUUCGCGGCAUGCGAGUCGAGGAGGCGAUCUCGUACUGGGUGGCUCAGGUAGUAGGCGCUCUGGUAGGUGCGGGGCUCAGUAUCCUGGUGCAAGGCUCGACGCAGCACUUGCCUGCGCCGCAGGUCCUGCAGAACACGGCCGAGCACAUCUUCAGUGCCUUUAUUGCGGAGGCCGUGUUUACGAUGUUGCUUGUGACAGUGGUGCUGCACGCCGCCUACUCACAGCAGCGUAACAACGACUUCUACGGCUUGGCAGUGGGCAUGUGCCUCCUCGCCUCGCAGUACGCUGUCGGCGGUGUGUCGGGUGGCGCCUUCAACCCAGCGGUCGCGACGGGUCUGCAGGUGACCAAGUUCAUUGCAGCUGGCUACUUCACGCAGCUCCUGUAUCUGUGGCUGUACUGGGCCGCGCCGGCCUGCGGCGCCGUUGCGGCGGCGUUUUUCUUUAUGAUGACCCACCCAGUGCCGAAGGACGAGGAUGGCGAGUUGCAGCAGCAGCGCGUAGCACGCAAUUUGUACAGCUCUCUCUGA